AUGAUUAAUGGGUCUGAUCGUCACCAACUGGUAGGAAGCUCCUUCUCCAGAAGACGAAGCCUGGCGUCACUGCUCGUAAAAUCCCGCAGAACUAGCUUUCCAUCUCCAGGUUCAAUUCCUCGACCAGUCAUCUCAUUCUUUUCCCCCUGUCUCGAUCCCUCGCCGCCUUCUGCUUCCGUUUCCCCAAUCCUCCGCCUUCUCCCUCCCGUCCCCUCCUUAGUUCACAGACAUUACAUUAGGAGCCUCUCCACCUCUGCUACCAAUAAUUUUCAUGACUGCGGAGACCUCUCUGGCCUUCGUCAAUGCCCGACAUGGAAUAUAGUCCUGAAAAACCUCGCCAAUUCUGGCCUGUAUGAGAGGGUUCUUUCCAUCUUCUACCUCAUGAGGCAGUCCGGGGUUCAGCCGGACCAUCACACCUUCCCUGCGAUAAACAGGGCCGUGGCUUCUCUCCCCGGCCAUAUCCAUUUCGGAGAGGCAGUCCAUUCUCUGUGUGUGAAGAUGGGUCUUGGUCUGGACCUCUACUUCUGCAACACCAUGAUCGAGGUGUACGCCAGACAAGGUCGAAUAGGCGCUGCUCGCCUUCUGUUUGAUGAAAUGCCCGUGAGGGACGUCGUCUCCUGGACAUCCCUGAUCUCUGGGCUCUCCCGAUCAGGUAAGGCCUUCGAUUCUCUCAUCCUGUUUCAGGAGAUGCUGAUGGCCGGGUUUCGGCCCAACUCGGUGACGAUGCUGGUUCUUCUGCGAGCAUGCUCAGUGGCGGACCACAUUCUUCUGGUGAAGCAGCUACAUGGUUUUUCCAUCAAGGGAGGUCUCUUCAACACCGAGUCAGUGCAGAACUCGGUAAUGGCGGCAUUGGGGAGGAUUGGCCUUCUGGAAGAGGUGGAGCUAGUCUUCAACACAGUCGGCGAGAGGAGCCUUCUCGCCUGGAAUACAAUGAUUUCUGGGUAUUCUUCCGCAGGAGAUGCACCCAAGGUCGCAGAAGCCUUCAACAAGAUGAGGACCGAGCUGGUUCCUUCCCCAGAAACCUUCACUCUGGUCGUCUCUGCCUGCACAAAGAACAGGGAGAUGCUCCUGGGGGAGGCGAUCCAUGGCUAUGCCCUGAAACUUGCCCCCAUUGAUGACAUCCUACAAGCUUGCCUCCUCGAUCUUUACAUCAAGUGCGGAGAAUCUGUAGCUGCUGUGCGUUUAUUUGAAGAGGCCAGAGAGAAGAACUUCGACCUCUGGAGCACCAUGAUCUCCGGGCUAGUACACAACGGGCGUUCCAACGAGGCGGCGGACUUGUUCCGGGAAAUGCAGAUCUGCGGCGCUGAGCUCGGCGCCGACAUUCUGGGGAGCAUCCUCCAUGUCUGUUCUAACGUGGGUUCUUUGCGAUCCGGCAGGGAAGUGCAUGGAUUCCUAAUGAGAAACAGCUGGUGCGGCGCUGCUGAUCAAACGAUCUUGGAGACCUCGAUUCUAUCCAUGUACGCAAGAUGCGGAAGCCUCAACCUUGCAGAGAGGUGCUUCGAUCAAAUCCUUGUCAAGGAUCUGGUGGCGUGGAGCUCCAUGAUUGAGGGAUACGCAGUCCAUGGACUUGGCCACCUCGCUCUGAAUCUCUUCCACCGGAUGAUCAGCGAGGGAGGAGUUCGGCCAAACGGCAUCACCUUCCUCAGUGUUCUAUCUGCCUGCAGCCACGCGGGCUUGGUCGCUGACGGAUGCCAGGUCUUCCUCUCCAUGGCCGGAGAAUUUGGUGUCGAGCCCGAGCUGGCUCACUACACCUGCGUGGUUGAUCUUCUCGGCAGGGCCGGCAGGCUUCAGGAGGCUCUCGGCGUGAUCAGAGGCAUGAAGGUACCAGUGGGCGAUGGCCGGAUUUGGGGGUCCCUUCUGUCUUCCUGCAGAACGCACCGUGCUGCCAAUCUCGCUGCCUAUGCUGCGCAAAAGGUUCUCGAGUUCGAACCAGAUAAUGCCGGGUACGAGGUGGCGCUCUGCAACAUCUAUGCCGCAGCCGGCAGGUGGGGUGAGGCGGCGGAGGCGAGGAAGGCCUCGGUGAAGGAACCCGGGUGGAGCUCCGUUGAGGUCGGCAGCCGGCAGCGGAGAUUCGUCGCCGGAAUCGCUGCUUUGGAAUGA